AUGUUGAACAUGGAUAUAAGCGUUACACCGAAUUAUUCAUACAUUUUCGAUUUCGAAAAUGAUUUUAUCCAUCAACGUACACGUAAAUGGAUGGUGGAGAAUUGGACUUGGGUAUUUUACUAUUGCGGCAUUUACAUGUUGGUGAUAUUUGGCGGACAGCAUUUCAUGCAAAAUCGUCCGAGAUUCCAACUGCGCGGUCCAUUAAUUAUCUGGAAUACAAUGCUCGCCAUGUUCAGUAUUAUGGGCGCAUUUCGAACGGCACCAGAGCUUUUGCAUGUGCUGCGUCAUUAUGGACUUUUCCAUUCCGUUUGCGUUCCUAGCUACAUCGAACAAGAUCGCGUUUGCGGUUUCUGGACCUGGUUAUUUGUACUCUCCAAACUGCCCGAAUUAGGCGAUACAAUCUUCAUUGUAUUGCGAAAACAGCCACUCAUUUUCCUACACUGGUACCACCACAUUACUGUGCUCAUCUACUCCUGGUUCUCGUACACAGAGUACACUUCGUCGGCGCGUUGGUUCAUUGUCAUGAACUAUUGUGUACACUCUGUGAUGUACUCCUAUUAUGCGCUGAAAGCGGCGCGUUUCAAUCCACCACGUUUCAUUGCCAUGAUCAUCACAUCGCUGCAGUUGACACAAAUGAUUGUCGGCUGUGCGAUUAAUGUGUGGGCCAAUGGUUUCCUCAAGACGCACGGACGUCAAUCGUGCAACAUCUCACAAACCAACAUCAAUCUGUCGAUUGCGAUGUACUUCAGUUACUUUGUGCUCUUUGCACGCUUCUUCUACAAGACAUACUUAUCGCCGGCCGGUAAGAAGAGUCGUCGCAUGGCCGCUUCGUUGGCAGCGCAAAAUACCGCCAAAUUGUCAUCGCCAAGCAGUGAAUCGCUAUUAACCGAGAGCAGCAUCAGCAAGGGUGCACUGAACGGUAGUGCUGUUAACGGUGCUGCGUCGCUACACAAGUCGAAGGUGCAGUAAGCGGCAGCGCUGUAUAGACGUUGGGUGGGGUGAUGGCAAAUGUUAUGUUGUACUAUUUUCACUUUAUUUUCAUUUACUUCUUUUUCUUUCUUCUUUAUUUUUUAUUUUGUUUUGUUUUUUAUUUCUUUUUUUUUUUUUGUUGGGCGGGCAAGCGGUUGUGCUCUUGCAGGUGCCGAUUGAUGAAUGUGAACGGGUUUGAAAUGUAUUUUUGUUUUGCGUACGAGAACAAUGGAUAAGUCAAAAGUCAGUAGUCCGUAGUGUCCGUAUAUACAUAUAUAAAUAAUUUCUUUAACAGCACAUGUGGGUUACAAAGCGUAAAUAUACAAACAUAGUACUAAUGAAAGAAAAUUUACAAUUAUUUAUGCGUUAAACGGUAGGCAGUGGAGGUGGCUUGAGUAAGAGUAAGACUAUGGGAGAUGCAGCAGCGCAAUUACAAAAUAAAUAGGCGAACGGCCUAAUGGUGGGAAAUAUUAUACAUACAUACUACUUUGUUGUAUUCAUUAAAUUUUAAAACUAAAAGUUGUUUAAU